AUGACGACGAGAAGCAGAACUACUACUACAACUACUACUCCUACCGCAGAAAACGCAUCGUCGUCUGAAUCGUUACUUUUGUCCUCGUUCAAAGUCCACCCGACGGUGUUGCUCUCUUGCACGGACCAUCACAAACGAACGACGAGAGAGAAGACUGACGAUGAAAAGACGAGGAAGAAAAACGCGCUCGGCGCGGCGGGUUUACUCUUAGGGCACAGAGGUGGUGGUGAAGAAGGAGGACAAGGAAGAGGAGGAGACGCGUUAGAGGAAAAGAAGAGCGCAACAGCAACAACAGGCGCUGGGGAAGAGUUUUGUGUUUCAAUCACGAACUGUUUCGAGAUUGAGUACUACGGCAAAGAAGAAGACAAAGACAAAGACUACGUCGUCGACGCGGAAUUCCUCCAAAGAAUGCGAAACAAUUACAAACAAACGUUUCAAGAUUUAGAAGUCGUCGGGUGGUAUUUCUGCUCGGUUUUCGAGGAGGAGGAGAACGAAAAAGACGAAGAAGAGAAGAAGACGUUUCAGCGAAGAGUGCACGAACAAAUAGGAGAGUGCGUGAAAGAGGUGAUAGAUUGUCCGAUGGUUUUGUUGACCGUAAACGCGAAAGUAGUCGUGCGCGGAGGAGACGGACGUGGGAAAGAGAACGAGGAGGACGAAACAAACGCUGAAAAAAAGCGCGCGGCGUUACCGGCGAAAUUGUACCGUUAUGAAGAGACGGACGAAACGUUCAAACCUAUCGCGUACGGGAUUGACGCGAGCUCGGCGGAAAGAGUCGCGUCAGACCACGCGUCCAAAGCGACGGAAAAGACAGAGUUGGAAACGAAAGAGUCGAGAGUGUUGGCGUAUUUGACGGAGCAGAGAGUCAGCGUAAAAGCUUUGAGAGAUCGAAUCGGGACGAUGUUGGAGUUUUUAGAGAAGGAAGUAGCCGGCGAGAAUGAGGAGGAAGACGACGCGUUGAGAUUUGAAAUUUUGCGUCGCUUAAACGCCAUAUGCGCGCAAAAAGAUACCCAACUUCCAAACACAGAUAAAGCCACUCGCGAGAAGAGCGACGCGGCUUUGAUUGAAACGUUAACCAAAUUGACCAAGGCGUGCGCGGAUACGGAAAGUUUCGCGAGAAGGUUUAACGCGGCGUAUAAGAAAGAGGACAUCGAUUCCUCCUCUAAUGGUGGAAUCGGCCACAUUGGUGGUAUAGACGAGAAGUUUUUUGGUGGUGUCGGAUUAAUGGAACGCUUCGAGCACCGCAUACCUACGAUACCGGGCGCUUCGCGAAGAGGAGGGGAAGGUACCGGCGGCGGCGGCCCAGCCUCGCUUCGUUCGAGAAGACAACAAGCCGCCGCGGCGAGUAGCAUGCAAAUAGAUUGA